AUGUAUAGAGAAGCUACAGGGAAGCAGGAUAAUAAGAAGUUGGCAGUAGUCAUGCAAGAAGCAGGACAAUCUCCCUUAUCUGAAAAUCUACUAAGAUUGUCAUUCCCAAGGAAAUUUUCCCUACCGGUGUUCACACCCCCGUUCACAGGAAAAGGUGAUGCAACUGAGCACCUUCGGACUUAUCGUAUGACACUGACCCAAUGGGACCACUAUGAUGUGGUGUUAUGUAAAUUUUUCCCGGCUAGUCUAAGAGAUGAAGCCCUAUUAUGGUAUAACAAUCUACACAAAGGCUCAGUCAAAUCAUUUGCUCACCUAUCCGAGCUGUUUUUAGAAACAUAUAUUCAUAACAGUCGAAUCCGAUCAGAAGUUGAUGCGCUGUUUCAAAUAUCCAGAGGACCAAACGAGUCGCUCCGCUCCCUGGUGACACGAUGGAGAAAACUAUGUGCUGAGAUCGAAAAGGUCCCUGAAGACUAUGCGAUCUUAGGUUUCAAGAAUAGUCUUAGAAAGGCAGACCCUCUUUUUGUGCACAUGUAUGAGGCCAUGCCAAAAAGCUUGGGAAAAUUAAGAGAAAUCCAAGAGGACUACAUAGCCUUGGAAGAACUCCAGGAUGGAACUUAUGACAAGAAGGCAAAAGGAACUAGUAGAGGAGAAAUUGUGGUAGAACCACAGACCCGCCCAGUACCGGCCCAAGGAGUGUGGCGAUCCAACAGUGGGUCAACUCAGUUUGACAAACAUCGGACUGGAGGAUGGAAAGGAAGAGACCAGACCUAA